UUAAUUAAUAAAUUAUUUAUUAAUAAAUAAUUAAUACCCUUUCUCACUCAAUUUAAUGUAUUCUACUUCAGAUGAACAGCCUGGAAUACCAUCCACUCUAAAAGGCAACAACCACCUCUUCCCAUUUUUGCAAAAUAAAGGAAAUGGACUGAGGUUCAGGUUUCUCUGUCUUAUUUCACUUGCUAACAUAAAAUCAACAAGCCUUAUCUUUUCAGAUUAGAUUAGAUAUCUCCUUUCCAUCAGUUUAGUACACAGUACACUACUUUGGUUGUCUAGGAAAUAAAGACUGUUGGUGUUAGAACCUUCAGAGUCCAAAAGAUAUUUCAUAAUGGAUUCACUUGUCACAAAUUAUUUAACUCAACCAUAUUUGAUUUAAAACAAUGAACAGUUACCAGGUCUCUAUUUACUUGGCACUUUACAUCAGGCCUUUUUUCAGUGCUGCUUUUUUGUUGAAUCAGUGACACUUGAGAGAGACGUGAAGCCAGUUGAGUUACAUCUUUUUUAUUGAGUGCAUGCCUUUUAUUGAUUAAAUGUGGUCUGUUAGCAGAAAAACCAUAAGAGAGUUGCUGAGCGUUUAUCAGUAACAAAUGACCCUCCACUCAUCCUGCCCCAAUACAGAUUUUUUUUUUCUUAACAUUACGCAUUAUUUACGUGUGCAGUAAUAUUUUGGCUGUUUGUUAGAAGAUAGAGAGCUUUUUACUCCUGAAAUUUCCACUAACAGUACACUGUUUUAUUAAAAUUGUCAGUAAAUUCAUGUUGAAAUUAUUUAUAGGCUGACUUGUUUUUGAGUUACUGAGGGUUGGGUUAAACUAAUAAAAAGUGAUCAGUUGAAUAUGCUAAUCACUGUAAGACCUCAAUUAAAAAUAAUAUAUUUGAUAAUGGUCGUGUUGUGAUUUCCACUGCUGUAACUAAAUUGAAAGUUGGAGUGUUGUGUAGAGAAGGAAAAAGGAAAGUCACUGUUCUCCCCAUCAGCCUUCCUCACUUUUCCCAUCACAGCAAUAGUGGUAUCACCAUAGGAUUAGUGUGACGUCACAGCCACCGCCAGAGAGAAUAUAUAAUUAAUUGAUGCCUUUUGCUGAGAGGCACACUUGCUCUUCUAGUCACCAGACACAAAGGGAAAGAGGAGGAAGCAGAGAAGCGAAUGAGUAGAGGCAGAGAGGAAGAGAUUUAAGCAUCAGAAAAUCCCAUUUUAGCUUUGAUUGCACUAAGCUUGGCCACUGCCCUUGGCUAGCUUUAAUCUUUGUUCCUCUAUCUCAUUUCUUUAUCUACCAGCCUGUUUUUCCUCUUGUCUCCUUUCUCUGCCUAUUUUGACAGACAGGACAGAAAGGAAGAAUGCAGUGGCUGCAAGCAGAUAGACUUAUGUUUUAUUGAGACCAGGGAUAGAAACAGUGACAUCCAGCUCCUCCUGUGCCUGGAAUUUUUGCUCAAUUGGAUUCCUGUCUUUAGUCAAAGGGUUUUGAGCUCUCUAAGAUGCACUGGAUUUAUUUUUUAAUAUGCAGUAGGUGGAGGCAUGCUGACAUUUGGGAUGUUGGUAGCAUCCCUCUCCUCUCUUCUAUAUCGAAGAUAUUGUUGAAUGCGCUCACAAACUUCAAACUGAUUUGAACUGCUGAUGUAUUUGGAUGUCUUUCGAAGUUUACUCUGAGGCAAACCCUAAAUUCAGUUCAGGUGCCACUCUUUGUCUCAACAUAUGGGGUGUUGCUUGUACUGCAGAGGAAAUUACAUUCAUGUGGGGCUAUGAAGAAAAUCUGGUCCAAAAAAAGAUUCCAGAGAGCUGGACACACUAACUGGAUGUUUGGAAGACUUGCUCAUGUUUUUCGCUUGUGCAGGAAGCAAAGCAAUGAUUCAGACAACACAGAUGAUGAAAACGGGGAAACCCAGGUCUCCAUGGAGACAAAAGAAAGGUCUAGGGCCCCACAGGCUCAAGCAGUUAGGAGUCAGCUUUCAGGUGGUGGAAAGACAAUGAUUGCUCGUAUCCUGACUCCAUCCAAUCGCCCCAUAGUAGAAAGAGAGAUUUUGGCGCUGGGUUCGAAAGCCCCAAGCCUACAAGACCCCUUCCAGUCUGGCAGGCAAGCAAAUGCUGGGUGUGUUCAGAGCCCCCCAGUCAGACAUCUGGGUGUGGAAGCCCUUGUUCGGGCCUCUCAGAUCAGUGUGUACUACCCAGCGGUGGAGUCUGAGGAAAGCAUGUCCUUAAACAGUGACUACUAUGGCAGCGUGUUCAGCCUUUAUCGACAAAGGACAUUUUCUGUAUACAGUGUCCAGGAUUGAAUACGAGUUCUUGUGAUAUCAGAGCACAAAGCUUUGUGGUUUAAAUGGGCACAAACAAAAUUUAUUAAAACUGUGGCAGCAGGGGCGUGGUCGAGUGUCAGCUGUGGACAGAGAGGAGGCGGGUUGAACUGUUUUUUCCCCCCUGUAACCAGCGAGCAAGAGAGAGACAUAGUAGAGACCUCUUGGCAGAACCGGCAAGACACACACACAUGCACACGCCAAGAAGUGUGAACUUGCCGGAGAGAAAGCUGUAAGGCCGGGACCAAGUCUUCCUCAAAUCCCAGGUUUUAGCACCACUGUAGAGCCCCGGUGUGGGAGAAGUUGAGGAAAAUUUUUCGAGACAGGCGGAAUUUUAGCAGAGCUCUGGGCUCACAUAUAUUCAGUCCCCGCUUUUCAGCGCACAAACUCAACAAAAUCAAAACACUCAACGGAAACUGGUCUGUCCUGGACUCGCAGCUUUCGCUCCAUCAAGUUCAAGUUCACGCUUCUCGGCACGUGUAUGUGUGUGUGUCGCCAGUUCUGCCAAGUGGUCUCGCAUUCUGUCUCUUGCUCGUGGGUUACAGGGGAAAACACAGUUCAACCCGCCUCCUCUCUGUCCAGAGCUAACAUUCGACUAUGCCCCGGCUGCCACAAAAACAUUUUCAUCUUUUGAACUUUACAAUCCAUCCCUUAUUUGUCAUGGUCUUUUAAGUUUUCCCCUUACAUUAAGUUUUCCCUAGUCCUUAAAUUUUUACCUUCCUUUGAAUCCACUUGGUUUUGUUACUCAUUUUUGGCAGUUUUGUGGUAGCAUGCAUCAAUGGUUAUCAGUAUCAGUGGUUACUUUUUGCAUGCUUUGCUGCAUCAGUUUCAGUUGUAUGUCACUGUUUGCAUUUUGCUUUCUACAAAAACACAAGUUUUUAUUUCAAAACCCUUAUCUUUCACUUAAAGACUGCAGUGCAGCACUUCAGUAUUCACUCUUUCAUUGUCACAACAUUACAUUUCCCUCAAUUUCCUCAAAAUAUUUUGACAAGAUUAGAGCCUUUGAGGAACACAGACAGAGAUCCAACACAUCAAAAGUGUCCUUUUCAGGGUGCUCGUGGGUUGGAUUCAGUGAAAAGGCAUCUUUUAAUUCCGAAGAUGGUGCAAGUGAAAUGGUUAAGAACAAUGAGGCACUCAAUGUCCAUCUUCAAGCAGAGAGCCUCCUCACUGGAGGAUCACCCCAGUUAUGCCCAUAGCAAAUGCUCAGAAGAGCUUCAGUGGAUCAAGAAACAGGUUGUGGGGCCUAAUAUGAAGAAAUCCUUCACUACAGAGGAUCUUGCUGACCCAGAACAGCCAUUGUCCCAGAAACACAAAUGCCCAAAAGAGCAAAGUCCUCUCUUCAUGAAGAAGUGAUUUGAGCACUUCCAAAGCCUCCAAGGCUUUGUUCUGCUUCCACAUUCCCAAAGUCAUUUAAGGGAAGAAAAAAAAAUCACUCCCCAUCAUCCCUACCAAAACUGACCAUCACUACAAAAUAAGCCAAAGAAGAGCAAAUGAUAGUGUGUGAUCAAAAAACCUCAAACAAACUAAGCAGAAAAGAGAAGAAAGCAGCAAUCAAUGCCUGCAGAGCAAGGUGAGAAAAACAGUUUAGAUAAAAUAUGAAGUGUGAUGAAAGGCAUGUUGUCUCAAGGUUGAACUAAAAAUAUUGUGUGCUUUACUAUUUAGUAGAACUCAGCUGGAAUAAAAAAUUCCAUGAUCUUCUGUGCAAUGACAUAACUAAAAAUUUACUUCAUGAUUUACUGCUUUUGUGGUUCUAUCCAUAUGGCAAAUAGUGAAUGAAUAUAAAUAUUUGUCAUAUUUGUCAUUUCAAAUCCUAUACGCAUAUAAAAAUGACAAAUAUAAAGUUAUGAGUGAUGGGAUUAGUGCAAGCUGUUAGUUUUGUGAUGAUGCUCAAUAAUCCUUACAUUACAACUAAAACCUUUCACUUUAACCUCCUAUUACAGUGUAGAUGACAGUGUGUGUGUAGUAUCUAUGUAUGUAUGAGUAUGUAUGCUUGUGUAAUACCAAGCACCUGUCUUCACUUUCCCAGAGGACUACUCUGAUGAUUCCUCCAUGUCUGCAAAAGAGAGGGCUGAGUAUAUGAACUUCCCCUUAAGGACACUGGCAGCCGCUGGCUUUGAGAUGACACUGCAGUGCAUCAUUGCAGGAAGCCCUUCACAAGGCAAGACUGCUUAGCUCUUUAGGCCAUUUAAAAUUGUAAAUGACCAAAACAAUGUCAUUUGUCACAAAAAAUCUCACAUUUUUAAGUUGCUAAUGAAGAAUUACAUGAUUAGUGUAGUGAAUAGCUGAGUUUAUGGCCCUGCUUUUAGUUCCCUCACUCCCUGAUGGUAUAAUAAAGUCUUUAUUUUUAUCUUUCACACUUUUUUCAAAUUAACAUGACUUCUAAAUUCAUAUGGUGGGCCAGAUUAGCACAUUUAUCAGGCCGAACCCUGGCCUUCGGGCUGCAUGCUUGACACCCCUGCUUUAAACCUUUGUAUUUCCAAACCGUUCUUCAAUGUGACUUGUAUUUUAUCGCACCACAUGAAAGUCCCUUGCAUACACUGUGAAUGGAAAUGGUGAAUAGAGUGUCCAAAACCCAUUACCUUCUGUGGGGAGCUUAAAUUGCGCUAUCAAGGUCUGUGUUUUAAAUGGGCUGUAGUAGACUUCAGGAAGGAAAAAAAUGAUUUGGACAUACAUUU